AUGGUAGGCCCAAACCCACCGUCAAAGUCACAGUGGCAGAAGAAACCGACUUUGUCGCAUUUUCUGUGCCUGCCGCUCGUGACCGAAAUCUCUCGGCCUCAGCUGGACCGAUCUUUGGGGCAGUUCAAAGCGGAGGUGUGUGCAGAUGGGCCAGGAGAUCUCACCACUCGAGAUGAGAGUGGCACAUCGGCAGCUGCGCAGUCGUUGUCUGCCAAAGCUAUACGACCGCUCGGCACGCUGCAUCUUACACUUGGAGUCAUGACCCUMAAUCAAGACCAGCUCGCCAAGGCUGUCGAACUGUUACGCUCUCUGGACGUUGCAACGUUGCUACAACCAUCGUCAGUUGAUUCGAAAUCAGAGUCUGAAUCCGGUCAAUCGCAGAAUACUACGGCUCAUGCUCUGACCAUAGACCUGAAGGGUCUAGAAUCAAUGCAUGACCCAGAGUCUACCUCCAUCCUGUAUGUGGCUCCCUCAGACCGGACUGAAAGAUUGUAUGCGUUCUGCCUGGCAUUGCAAAGGCACUUCGAAGAAUUCAUCGUCUCGGACGACAGGCCCUUGAAGUUGCACGCCACGAUUGUGAAUACCAUUUAUGCCAAAAGCAAAAACUCUGCCAGUCGCUCGCAAGGCCAUGGUCCAAAGGCCAGAGGCUCUUCUAAAAUAGAUGCCACAGCUGUGCUUCGAAAGUACCAUGACUUCGUAUGGGCCGAAAACUUCAGACUCGAUCGAAUCGCCAUUUGUGAAAUGGGUGCGAAAAAGAUCAUGGACGCAGCCAAGGUUCGCGUGGUGGAAGAGCGGUAUACCGAAGUUGCCAGUGCUGCUCUUCCAUCUUGA